UUAAAGGAGCCUAUGUGACUAAAUGUAGACCACCAAUACUGAACUCUGAUCAUAAUGUUGUGAAUAUGAUACCAGUGUAUAAGACCAAACUGAAGAGAAGUAAACCGGAAAAGAAAGUAAUAAGGACAUGGACAAAUGAAAGUAGGGAACAGUUGAAAGCCUGUUUUGAUUGGACAGAUUGGGAAAUUUUUCAGGAAGGUUCACUAGAUGAAAUAACUACUGUUACCAAUGACUAUAUCAACUUCUGUGUAGAACUAGUUGUUCCCACUAAAGAAAUAAAAAUCUAUCCAAAUAAUAAAUCUUAUGUGACUAAGGACAUUAAAACCGUUAUAAAUACCAGGAAAAUAGCUUUCAAAAACAAAGACUAUGGAGCACUUAAACAGACAGAGAAAGAACUGAAAGUCAAAUUGAGGGAAUCAAAACUGGCACACAGAGAGCUUUUGGAAAAUGCUUUUAAAGCCAAAAACCCCAAAAAGGUAUGGGACACCAUGAAAACCAUGACAGGAAUGUCAUCCUCAGCUAAACCUAUUGUGACGAACAAUGAAUUUUGUUUUGCUAACGAACUAAACACGUUCUUUACCCGUUUGGAGUCACUGGAUAAUUCUGCAAAGUGCACUGAAAUGCUCGAAACCAUAAUACCUACUUCCUCUGACAAAAUGACCAUCAAUGUCGAAGAGGUCAGAAAAACAUUUCAGUACAACAAUACCAAGAAAGCGGCUGGGCCAGAUGGGUGCAGCGGCUUUCUGCUGAAGAACUUUGCUACUGAGCUGGCUCCAGUGUGGCAACACAUCUUUCAGGCUUCUAUUGACACGCACACCAUCCCUCUGUCAUGGAAAACUUCACACAUCAAACCACUGCCCAAAAUUCCAUGCCCAAAAGAACAUAAGGACUACAGACCAAUAGCCCUCACCUCAGUGAUUAUGAAAUCACUAGAAAGAAUUCUGCUCCGAUUUCUUAUCAGUACAACACAAGACAAACUGGAUCCAUACCAAUUUGCCUAUAAACAAGGGUGCGGCACGGAAGAUGCUGUGGCCACUCUGGUUCACAUCAUCACUAAACAUUUAAAUAAACGCAACACCUAUGCAAGAGCCCUCUUCCUAGACUUCUCAUCAGCAUUCAACACAAUAAAAGCAGACAUCUUGGUGUCAAAAAUUGCCAAAAUGGAAGUAAAUCCAUACCUGAUUUACUGGUAUGCUGCUUUCCUCACUAGUAGAGAGCAACUUGUGAAGGUUAACAAAACCCUGUCAUCUGCCAUCACAACCAAUGUAGGGGCCCCCCAGGGCUGCGUGAGUUCAGCUGUGCUCUUUACUCUCUACACUGAUGAUUGUCGUACCAACACACCAAAUCAAGUCAUCAUUAAGUACUCUGAUGAUACUGCAAUAAUAUCUCUGCUCAGUAACACAGACGACCCUGAGCUGCACCAACAGGCUGUACAUCAGGUGGUGGAGUGGACUGAUAACAAUGCUCUUGAGAUCAACACCAAGAAAACUGAGGAAAUCAUUUUUGGCUCACCAUCUGACUCCCAUAAAGUCCCCAUUGUCAUCCACACAGAUGAAAUCAAGCAGGGAGUUUCAUACAAAUACUUGGGUGUAAUGAUUGACCAUCUGCUGUCUGGGAGNACACUGUCAGACAAUCCACCCUGUCUCAGCCUGUCCCUCUCAGGAGCCAAGAGGCAGGUGCAAUCGGGGCGUUACACACUCUCGGCCAACCUCUCCAGGCUUGGCUCCUGA